GCGCGGAGCGGGGAGGGAGGAGCUGCCGCGCGCCCGCCACUGCCGCUCGGCUCCACACAGCCGGCGCAGCCCAGCCACGAGACUCUGACAGCCGAGCGACCCGCGCAGCUCCGGCGCACAGGGACGGACGGCGGCGAAGGCGGACGCGAGGACAGCGGCCGGCGCCAAGUGCAGGAGGCGCGCGGGUCCGGCGGCGCGCAGAGGUCUCCUGUGAAGCAGCUGGGAACUCAGAAGGCCUCACUACCCCUGAGGAGUAGGCCAGCCAGGAGAGCAGUAAGGGAUGGCAUGAAGCCCACCAGGGCCUGAGGAGUGAGCACAAUCUGCAGCUCGUUGGACCCGGAGCCUCCAAGUCGGGAGACUGUACCAGCGGGGAGACUCAAGAAGAAUUGAUACCUCGGCCCCAAGUGACAUGUACACGGUGUAAUGACAGGAAAUGAGCAGGUUUGCUCGAAAACUGCUGGCCUGAAAUUUAAGAAGGCAUCGUUGCUUCUGCUCUCUCUGCCAUGCUGGCCUCGCAGAGCUGCCUUGCCCGUCUGUGUCCACGUCUGGGAUUCUUCGGUUUAAGUAGUGCCCUCUUCCUUUUGUUGCCACUUUUGGAAACCAAGUCCCCCUGGGAGGAGGCGCACGUUAAGUCUGUACCACCUGGGGACAGAGGAGCUUGUCAAGUGCUUUCUGAAGGGCUCUGGCUGAGAACAUGGCCAAUGGCAUUGACGAGCUGAUCGGCAUUCCCUUCCCCAACCACAGCAGCGAGGUCCUGUGCAGCCUGAACGAGCAGCGGCAUGACGGGCUGCUCUGCGACGUGCUCCUGGUGGUGCAGGAGCAGGAGUACCGCACCCACCGCUCCGUCCUGGCCGCCUGCAGCAAGUACUUCAAGAAGCUCUUCACAGCCGGCACCUUAGCCAGCCAGCCCUACGUCUACGAGAUCGACUUUGUCCAGCCCGAGGCGCUGGCCGCCAUCCUGGAGUUCGCCUACACCUCCACGCUCACCAUCACGGCCUCCAACGUCAAGCACAUCCUCAACGCCGCCAGGAUGCUGGAGAUCCAGUGCAUCGUGAACGUGUGCCUGGAGAUCAUGGAGCCCGGGGGGAACGGGGGGGAGGAGGAUGACAAAGAGGACGACGAUGAUGACGAAGAUGACGAUGAUGAGGAGGACGAAGAGGAGGAGGAGGAAGAGGAGGAGGAGGAGGACGAUGACACGGAGGAUUUUGCUGAUCAAGAAAACUUGCCUGACCCCCAGGACAUCAACUGCCACCAAAGCCCUUCCAAGACGGACCACCUCUCGGAGAAGGCCUAUUCAGACACACCCAGGGACUUCCCGGAUUCCUUCCGGGCCGGCAGCCCUGGCCACCUGGGCGUGAUCCGGGACUUCUCCAUUGAAUCUCUGCUGAGGGAGAACCUGUACCCCAAAGCCAACAUCCCUGACAGGAGACCCUCCUUAUCUCCAUUCGCCCCGGACUUCUUUCCACACCUCUGGUCAGGGGACUUCGGUGCCUUCGCCCAGCUGCCCGAGCAGCCCAUGGACAGUGGGCCCCUAGACCUGGUCAUCAAGAACCGCAAGAUCAAGGAGGAGGAGAAGGAGGAGCUUCCGCCACCUCCGCCGCCGCCCUUCCCCAGCGACUUCUUCAAGGACAUGUUCCCGGACCUUCCCGGGGGGCCGCUGGGCCCCAUCAAGGCAGAGAAUGACUACGGUGCCUAUCUCAACUUCCUGAGCGCCACCCACCUAGGGGGCCUCUUCCCGCCCUGGCCGCUGGUGGAGGAGCGCAAGCUGAAGCCCAAGGCCUCUCAGCAGUGCCCCAUCUGCCACAAAGUCAUCAUGGGGGCCGGGAAGCUGCCACGGCACAUGAGGACCCACACCGGGGAGAAGCCAUACAUGUGCAACAUCUGCGAGGUCCGCUUCACCAGGCAGGACAAGCUGAAGAUCCACAUGAGGAAGCACACGGGGGAGCGGCCCUACCUGUGCAUCCACUGCAACGCCAAGUUCGUGCACAACUACGACCUCAAGAACCACAUGCGCAUCCACACGGGCGUGCGGCCCUACCAGUGCGAGUUCUGCUACAAGAGCUUCACGCGCUCCGACCACCUGCACCGCCACAUCAAGCGCCAGAGCUGCCGCAUGGCCCGGCCCCGGCGCGGCCGCAAGCCCGCCGCCUGGAGGGCCGCCAGCCUGCUCUUUGGGCCCGGCGGCCCGGCCCCGGAGAAGGCGGCCUUCGUGAUGCCCCCCGCGCUGGGGGACGUGGGCGGCCACCUGGGCGGGGCCGCCGUGUGCCUCCCGGGCCCCAGCCCCGCCAAGCACUUCCUGGCAGCGCCCAAGGGCGCGCUGAGCCUGCAGGAGCUGGAGCGGCAGUUCGAGGAGACGCAGAUGAAGCUGUUCGGGCGCGCGCAGCUCGAGGCCGAGCGGAACGCCGGGGGCCUCUUGGCCUUCGCGCUGGCCGAGAACGUGGCCGCCGCGCGUCCCUACUUCCCGCUGCCCGACCCGUGGGCCGCGGGCCUGGCCGGCCUCCCCGGGCUCGCCGGCCUCAACCACGUGGCCUCCAUGUCUGAAACCAACAACUAGGCUGGUCCUCAUCAACCCCAGUCCUGCUUCCCUGUCCCCUCCCAGGCCCACCUGCCCCAUCCAAUGGGUCUGAACUUUUUAUUUCAAAAGGAAAAAGGAAAAAAAUAGCAGCCGCAGUGGUAUUUUCUGGGCCUCCUGAGGCAGCUGCCUCCCCUUUGCUGGUGUCUGAGAUGGGCAUCUCCUCCCAAAAGGCCUGGCCUCUCUCUGGCUGUCUCUCUGCUCUCACACAGAAACUCACAGGGGCCCAUGCCAAGGAGGAGGCCCCAGGCCAGGUGUCCGGGAGCACUUUGGAGCUAUGUGGGGCUAGACGGAGGGAGGUGGCUUGGCCAGAGGCAGACCGGAUGGAGCAGGGAUGAAGGUAGGGUCCUGAGAUACACAUCCUGAGCCCCACCACUCUAAGGCAGAGUCCCUGCUGACACUGUUCCGAUGGGUCAUUUUUCCCAUCUCCAGUGGUCUUGGGAUCCUUAGGGGAAGUGCCCUAUUGGCAGGGAGGCCUCCCGGCAUCAGGAGCGGGGCUCCUGGAGUCCGGGCCCAUUUUUCCCUCCCUGUCCUGUGACCGCGGACAGAUCAGCCCUCUGUACCCCAGUUUCACCCUGCUGUGAAAGGGGGCUGGUAAUUUUGUUUCCCCCUCCCAUCCACCCACCGACACACUCACACAUGCCCAUCCCUCCAGAGAGAAGCUUUGAGAGAGCAGGAGCUUUGCAGUCUUAAUGUCCCUGGUGACACUGUUUUACUGGACUUAGUUUUAUCACGUCCACCUCUACGUUGGCACAGGUGAGAAAUGUGGCCAAACUAGACAGGGUAACAGAGGAAGAGGGCUGGGGUGGGCUUGUCCACAGCCCCCAGGCAGCUUUGGGGAACUCUAAAUCCUACCCUCCCCUCUGGGCAGGCCACUGUGCGCAUCCGGGGGCUACCAUCUCGCAUUGUCCCCACCUCUGCGUGGUCCCUCCAAUGCCAUUAGGAGUCUUUCAGGACUCUGAGGGCCAACACAGAAGGAAUGGGGGCCUCCUCUUAACACCUGGCAGCUGCCCUUCUCCACCUGAUUCUCGGAAACAGACAAAAUGCCCAGUUACCCAGGUGUAUGUUUGCUUUUCAGCUGUGGGCUUCUCAGGACUUUGGCAUUGUUGUGUUUGAACACCCUCAACCCCUCCGUGGUCCCCCAGGGAGGAAGCCAGCUGUCCGGUGUGGGAAGUCAGAGGCUUGGCUCCAAUAUGGGCUUGGAGGGCUCUGUGAGUGAGGGCUGUCCACGCAUUCUCCCUGGCUCUCUGGUAUGUAGCCGGUCCUGAGAAGGAAGACAGCUCUGCUGGCCCAGUGCCUUCCUGAUCAUCUCUCCCAUCUCCUGCCCUUCCCUCCCUUUUCUUGCUGAGUUUGCUUUUGUUUCUCAGUAGCCCAGAGAAGGGAGGAGAGUUCUUCUGUGCAGAUGGCCCAGGGCUGGUGUCCCCAAUCCAGGAGCUGUGGACACAGAGACUUCAGCUCUUCCUAUUGCCUUGGCUUCUUCCUGAGCAAACACAAACAAAAAGGCCAGAGAAGACCACAGACUCUGUCACUCUCCCAGCUCCCCCGCGAAGAGACCCGUGACUCCACACGCCACCAGCUGCCCUUUCAGCCAGAGGGAACUGUUGCUGACACCCUCUUGUCCUCAGACGUCAUCUGCUGGGCAGCUGCUUCUCACACUCCUGUCUCCAUUUCUGGCCCUCGCUUCUGGGACCCACCAGCCAACAUGCCUGUGUCCCCGCCUCAGCCAAGGGAGUGGGGCUGACCCAAACUUUAAGGGAAAAUGAGGAAAAAUGAACAAAUUAGAAACCAGUGGUGUUGGGGCUUUUGUUUUUAUUUUGUAAAAGUAAUGACUUCUCAUAAACUCAAUUUUUCAGACGACUGGUUAGUUCUUUUUGUUUUCUCUUGGCUGCAGUUUGGAGUUGUACAUUGUAAAAUAUCCAAAGAUGUCGAGUACUGUAUGAUCAAGAACUUGAAGCAAAUGGGUCGUGGAGGUAGGGAUGGUUGUGUUUUGUUUUGUUUCCCUUUUUUUUGGGGGGGGGGGGACAUUUCAGUUUCCCUGUCUGUGGGAGAACUUUGGAAUUUUUUUCUAUUUAUAACUUUUUUUAUGUGAUUGCUUUAUGUAAAAUGACACUCAACAAGGUUUGCCUUAGUGAUUCAAGGGACAAUCUUCCAUAACUUUGGUCGCACGCUGCAUCCCGCCGAGAAAAACUCUCAGCUAAUUUUCUGGCCUAUUUAUUAAACAGUAUUAAUUGACUUGAUUAAA